AUGAUUGAUUCUGCGUUGGCGGCUGAGCUAGAUUUAAACAGUCAACCUGAGCCGUUAUGUCUGACAUGGACUGGUGACAAGCGUCGUUAUGAAGGAGAUUCCAGGAAAUUAAGCGUCGAGAUUUCCGGUACGGGCAGCAACCAUAAGAAGUACCGCCUGCAAGAGGUACACACGGUGGCAAAUCUCGGCCUUUUCAAACAAUCCCUGAACGCGAAGGAACUUUCAAAGCAACAUGAACAUCUGCGAGGAAUUCCUGUUGAGACCUACUCGCAUGUCCAACCUCAAAUCUUAAUUGGAAUAGAUAACCAGUACCUUAUUCGACACUUAAAGGGCAAAGAAGGUAGUAUGCAAGAACCCAUUGCAACCAAGACUCGUCUCGGCUGGAUUAUUCACGGUAGUCUAGGUGCGGCAAAUGGCGAAUAUGUAGGACACCAUAGAAUUGACCUUUGUCAGUGCAAUGAAAAAACCGAUCAGCUACGACAAGACGUGCGGAACUACUUCUCAUUGGAUUCACUUGGAAUCGCGAAACCGGAUAAACUUCUUCUCUCCAACGAAGAUAGACGUGCGCAUGAGCUACUACAAUCUGUAGUUCGCACCAAAAGUGGAAAAUAUGAAACCAGCUUACUAUGGAAGUAUAAUGAGUUACGUCUUCCUAACAGUAAACCGAUGGCUCUCCAACGCUUUCGGUGCCUAGAAACGCGUCUGAAGAAAGACCCUACUUUAGCUGAUUCAUUACGCUCUAUUAUAGCCAGUUAUUUGGAGAAAGGCUACAUCAGAAAGCUCACCGAUGAUGAAGUUACCGAAACUCGAGAUCGUGUAUGGUACUUACCCAUCUUCCCCGUCCUUAAUCCUAAUAAACCAAAUAAAACAAGAAUUGUAUGGGAUGCAGCAGCUAAAGUCAAUGGUGUGUCGCUGAAUUCGUUCCUGCUGAAAGGGCCUGACCAGCUCAAUUCGCUCAGUUCAAUCCUCUACAAAUUUCGACAACACCGAGUGGCAAUAUGUGGUGACAUCAGGAAGAUGUUUCACCAGGUUCUCAUCUCAAAAACAGACCAAAAUUGCCAACGUUUCUUAUGGAGAGAUAAUGCCUCGGACGUGGAGCCGAGUGUCUAUAUAAUGCAAGUGAUGACGUUCGGGGCAUGUUGUUCACCUAGUUGCACCCAGUACGUAAAAAAUUUGAACGCGAAGCAGUACGCCGGUCAAUUUCCGAGGGCAUCGAAAGCAAUACAAGAUGACCACUACGUGGACGACAUGUUGGUGAGCGUCGAGACUGAAAAAGAGGCAAUAAAACUUGCUCAAGAGGUUCGUUUCAUCCACGCACAAGCUGGCUUUGAAAUUCGAAAUUGGAUGUCAAACUCUUUGGAGGUUUUGUCAGCUAUGAACCAACGAAAGGCGCCAGAAAAGAAUUUAGAUGUUGGCUCGGAAAUGGCAACCGAGAAGGUGCUGGGGAUGUGGUGGUGCACUGCUACGGACACGUUCAUAUUCAAGCUGUCGGCAAAACAAGAUGCUGAGUUGAUGAGAGGUAGACGAAAACCAACCAAAAGAGAAGUGUUACGUAUGCUCGCAUGUAUAUUUGAUCCCCUGGGACUGCUGUCAAACCUGCUGAUCUACCUGAAAGUUCUUCUUCAGGAAAUGUGGCGUUCUUCAAUAGGUUGGGACGAUGAGGUACCGGUGUCACUCCAGGAGAAGUGGGAGUAUUGGCUUGAGGUUCUUCCGUCUGUAGAAGGCAUACGAAUUCCCCGAUGCUACCAGCUAAAUACGUCGCUAGGAUUACGAACUAAGGUUCAGUUGCACACUUUUGUCGACGCGAGUGAAUUGGGUUACGCUGCAGUGGUCUAUCUUCGAUUCGAAGAAAAUAAUAUUAUCGAGUGCGCUAUAGUUGCGGCGAAAUCUCGCGUGACCCCACUGAAGUUUGUCUCCAUUCCGAGACUAGAAUUGCAGGCGGCAGUAAUUGGUACGAGACUGGCCGAUACCGUAAUGAAAUCUCUAGAGAUCAACAUAGACCAACGUAUAUUCUGGACGGAUUCACGAGACGUUCUAUGCUGGAUUCGGUCCGAUCACAGACGAUAUUCACAAUUCGUCGCCUUCCGUAUCAGUGAGAUACUGGAUACAACUAGUAUCAACGACUGGAGAUGGGUACCCACAAGAGAAAACGUGGCUGACGAAGCCACUAAGUGGCAACGCAAGCCAGUUCUUGGAAGUGGAAGCAGAUGGUUGCGGGGACCCGAAUUUAUCUGGCAAAGCAGUGAUCACUGGCCUACUGAACCCCUUCAUACCAGUACAUCAGAAACGGAACUGCGCGUUAAUGUGUUUUUUCACGAAAUAGAUCAGCAAUCAACAUCAGUAAUAAACGUAGAAAGUUAUUCUUCCUGGAAAAGAUUAUUGCGGGUUACAGCAUACGUACUACGUUUUCCGGCGAACAUCAAGCGUUGUGUGAAAAGAAGUAACCAGUGUAAAGGCCCACUGACUGGCGAGGAACUUCAGAUGGCUGAAGACUAUCUGCUCAAACAAGCUCAGCGUGACGCUCAUUCUGCGGAUAUUGCUAUCCUCUCGACUGACAAGAAAUCUAUACGGAAGACAAGCUCAAUUUACCAAUUAAACCCUUUUCUCGACGACAAACGAAUCAUGCGAAUGCACGGCAGAAUUGGUAUGUGUAAAAACGCCACAAUGGACGCAAAAAACCCAAUAAUACUUCCCAAGGAUCACCAUAUCACCAGGUUGAUCGUACGAUAUACUCACGAGCGUUAUUUUCACCGCAAUCACGAGACUGUCGUCAACGAGCUACGACAAAAGUAUUUCAUUCCAAAAAUACGAAACGUUUUCAAGAAAGUUAUGGCAGAAUGUCAGACGUGCAAAAAUUUGAAGGCAACGCCAAUCCCACCACCUAUGGGCGAUUUGCCAAGCGGCAGACUUGCUGCGUUCACUAGACCUUUUUCUUACGCAGGGAUCGAUUACUUUGGUCCCAUUUCUGUAUCUGUGGGGCGGCGAAUUGAAAAACGAUGGGGCGUACUAAUUACAUGUCUUACAAUUCGAGCAGUACAUAUCGAGAUCGCGCGUUCUCUAAGCGCUAAUUCAUGCGUACUAGCGGUGAGGAAUUUCAUGGCAAGGCGAGGUGUACCAAUCCGGUUCUAUAGUGAUCGUGGCACCAACUUCACAGCAACAAAUAAGGAAUUGAAGAAAGCUCUAUCCGAACUGGACCAAGAGCAAAUCAUACAGGAGAUUAUCAGUCCGAAUACUGCAUGGCCAUUCCUUCCACCGGCCUCCCCUCACAUGGGUGGCGCUUGGGAACGCUUGGUGCGAUCCGUGAAAGUGAAUCUGGCCCGCAUCAACAAAGAACGCAACCCUUCCGACGAAAUUCUUCGCAAUAUGCUCAUCGAGAUUGAGAACGUCAUCAAUUCCCGUCCUCUUACGGAAAUUCCUAUUGAAGAUCCAGAUGAUCAAGUGCUCACACCGAACCACUUUCUUCUUGGUUCCUCUAGUGGACUGAAACCAGCGACUCUUCUGACAGACGAUUAA